UCAAGAAAGCGGUUGGGUGUAAUUUAAUGAUAGAAACAUUGAUAUUUAUCUCUAACGCUUUUACAUUACAUUAGACCAAUGCGAAAAAUUAAUAGUAAGUUUAAUCGGGGACGAGCUUCGUGAACCGUGGACCGUUCCGGUACAUUAUUUGCCUGUGGACACAGUAUCCGGGGACUGUUCAGGGAAAACAGGGAGGGUCAGAGACCAACUCACCGAUGCAGUCAAAUCAGCAGCUAAAGACAGCCCAGUUAUGCAAGGGAACUCAAUAUUAGCUCUUACUGGGCUUGCGGUGGCCAUAACCAACUAUGAGAACAGCCUGCCAUCAGAUGUUGAGAGCACACAAGAGAAAUCGUACUCUGGAGAGAACACAGCCAGUGCCAUUGCACGCUCCUGUGCUGCCCUGGCUUUGUCCCUGAUGGUGCCACUGUUGAUCACAUCCCACAAGGAGAGCAUCGAGGAGAUCCUAAACACACUCACGGCAGUGUUGCCAGGGAAACCACAUGCAGACAAGUCCCAGGCUGAGCAGUUCCACACAGGUCUCGCUUUGGGAAUGUUUCUGUCCUGUUUUAAUGAGGAGCGGGUCAGCACUGGAUGCAUCUUGGGAGUUGGUCUUGUGCUUUCCUUGAUGAGCCAGAACAGUCAAACUGAGUCCCGUGUGCAUGUAGCUGUGACCAUGGACAAGCUGCUUGACAGCCUGGAGGAGAGCAGCAACCAGGGCCGGAUGCUGCAAGUCCCGAGUCCAUCCCCUUGGAGCUGGUGGAUUAAAUGUCCAGUCAUAUCUGUGAGAGAGGCAUGUUUUAAUAUCCAGUCAAGGUCAGAAAACCUUGCUUCGUUUUUUGCCUUGUCAAUUAGAAGUUCCCGAAUUACUGGAAGCAAAGACAAAAAAAAAAAAAAAAGCUCAAAUACACGUCCACAAGAUAACCAAUCUCACUGUGCAGGCCACGGAGCGGGGCUCUCCGGUUGUGAACUCAGCUCCUGAACUCAUAGUCAAAGUAAAAAAAAAAAACUACAAUAAUUCAGUAAUGAUUGCAAACAGGUAAGAGAACAAUAAUAAAAUGUAAUUUUAGGCUAUAGUUUUUUAAUAUUGUA